CCAUGAGCUCAUAGUGUCGCUAUUAGCCUGCUGGCUGCUGAGUGGUUGGGUGGUUGGCGGUUACAAAUGUCUGGGUCACUGGGUAUUCCCACUUUUUGUUGCUACUUCUUCCUUCUUUUUUUUAGCAAACGCAUAAACACUUCAAGUAGCUGAAACUUAAAGCCAGUGUCCAGCUAUAAAUAGGCACUCCACACUUGGGGCCAACCGCACCCCAACCACCAGAGUCUUUUGUUAUUAUGUCAACAGUUGAGCCUUUUGUUUGGCUCGGAUGCUGUGCCAGCUCCCGCUACUGUUGCCACUGCCACACUGGAAAUGCUGUCCAGGUGACGGGCCAUAAUGGACAUGCCUGGCCCACACAAAAGGUAAUCCGAGCAUUUGGCCGCCUUUGUUCAGCCAGCUGGCCAGCGGCUAUAUAAACGCCCCACCAGCGCCAUCAGAGUCGCAAAAGUAGCCAAACUCGGCAGCAGCUCGGUUCCAGCCAUGCUCUGGAUGGCCACUUUGCUAGCGGCGCUGGCGCUGCGCUGCACAGUCAGCAGCAAUCGGCUUGUUGCCUACGACGAACUGACCGCUCCAAUGCUCGCCCGCAGCAUGCCCAAGCGUUGCAGUCGUUUACUGGGCGUCCAAGAGUGCGGCGGCGUUGGCAGUGAUGGAGGCAGCGAACAGCCAGUUGAUGCAGUCGAACCGGAGGCUGAUCAAAGCACAUCCAAAAUGUUAAAUGCGCUCUUUGGCCGCACAGCCGAUAAGGGUGCUGUGUCACCCACUAUGCGUCCAACGGAGGCGGCACUGACGCCCUACCAACUGCCACCGAUGUACUACAAUGAUUUCUACGAGGAUUUGCUGACCAGCAAACGGAAUGAUGCACAUGCCGCCGGCUGUGAUUGCAAAGUUAUGAACGAUCUCAUUGAUUUGGGCAGCACGUCUUUUCCGCGCUAUCUGAUGAGCGCCAUCUGCGAGUCCCGUCCAGCUCUAGAUGCCAAGUGCACUCAAGGCUCCAACUGCAAGCCGCUCGAGUAUAAGGUGAAAGUCCUAACGUUGGCUCCCGACCAGCUGCCACCAAAGGUGGCUUCGUCACCAGCGCGUCUCUGGAUGCCCGAGGAGCUGACACAGCCCUGGCAAUGGCAAUUCAAGACGGUGACCGUCACUGCAGGCUGCUUCUGCACCAACUAGCUAAAUGAUUAACUUUUAUGAUCUAUACAAAAUAUAAUAUAUAAACAAUUGCACAAGAGACCGC